UCUUACCACUCAGAUGGCUUGGUUUUUGCUGUUUCCUUUUCGAAAUCUUCGGCAUUUUCUUGACUUCAUUGGAAAGUGGGUCCGUGGCCUGUCGAAAUCAAAAGUUUACGCACGAACGGCUCUUCCACCUUUACGUCUCGCUUCAGUCUUCUAAUCUAAUGCAUGCUGGGACUGACCUCUGGCACGUGUAUGAAACCGGAACUUGCACGACCGUCAGUGUACGUUACGCGUUUUUGACAGGUAGACCAUUUUCGGAUUCACACACGUGGAUCUGGCACAAGACAAAAGGCAGGGCCAGGGGUGUCUGAUGAAUAGAAAAUAUACAAAUGGAUAAAGAGAAAACAGAUACGGUUUUAGGUCCAGAUGGACAGCCUAUGUCAAAGAAGGCACUGAAAAAACUUCAGAAAGAUGCAGAAAAGGCAGCCAAAAAAGCUGAAUAUAAGGCUGCCAAUAAGUCUGUACAGCAGGAUGCUGUAGAAACAGAGGAUGUGUCCAAGGGAUUGUAUGGAAACUUGCCUAUGAUAAGGUCAGCAAAGAAGCUGGACUCUGGUACAGAGUAUCUGGAUGUGAAGGAUUUAACCCCAGCUCAGGCUGAUAAGAAAGUGUGGGUUAGGGCUCGUCUACAGACCAGCAGAGCUAAAGGGAAACAGUGUUUUAUUGUGUUACGACAACAGAAAUGGACAGUGCAGGCUUUAGCUGCAGUAGGAGACAAAGUCAGCAAACAAAUGAUAAAAUUCAUUGCAAGUAUACACAAGGAGUCUAUUGUGGAUGUUGAGGGUUUUGUAAGAAAAGUGGAGCAGGGAGUGGAGUCCUGUACUCAGCAAGAUGUGGAAUUACACUGCCUUCAGGUGUGGGUGAUCAGUUCAGCAGAACCACAGCUACCUUUACUGAUAGAGGAUGCUUCUCGUGCUGAAACUGAUGAAACAAGUUUAGCAAAGGUAAAUCAGGACACGAGACUUGACAACAGAAUUCUGGAUCUGCGUACCACAACCAAUCAUGCUAUAUUUAGAAUCACAGCAGGUGUAUGCCGAUUCUUCCGAGAACACCUGGAUAGUCAAGGAUUUAUAGAAAUUCACUCUCCAAAGAUCAUCUCAGCUGCUUCAGAGGGUGGAGCCAAUGUGUUCACUGUGUCCUAUUUUAAGUCCAAGGCCUUUCUAGCUCAGUCUCCACAGCUCUACAAGCAGAUGUGUAUAUGCUCGGACUUCGAUAAAGUCUACACCGUAGGAGCAGUGUUCAGAGCUGAAGACUCUAAUACCCAUCGACAUUUGACAGAGUUUGUGGGACUGGAUCUGGAGAUGUCAUUCAAAUUUCACUACCAUGAAGUCUUGAAGGUCAUAGGAGACAUGUUCAUCAACAUUUUCAAAGGUCUCAGAGACAAUUUUAAAGAGGAAAUAGAAACUGUCAAUAAGCAGUAUCCGGCUGAAUCUUUUAAAUUUUUAGAACCAAGUCUGGUGCUGGAGUACCCUGAGGCUGUGAAGAUGCUGAGAGAAAAUGGAGUGGAAAUGGGAGAUGAAGAUGAUCUCAGUACACCCGCCGAGAAACUCCUGGGGCGACUUGUUAAAGCCAAGUAUGAUACAGACUUCUACAUUCUGGACAAGUUCCCAUUGGCUGUUCGACCAUUCUACACCAUGCCUGACCCCAAUAACCCAAAAUAUUCAAAUUCAUAUGACAUGUUCAUGAGAGGAGAGGAAAUUUUAUCUGGUGCACAGCGAAUUCACGACCCAGCUUUCUUGACAGAGCGGGCAUCUGAACAUGGUGUCAGUCUGGAGAGUAUUAAGGCAUACAUUGACUCAUUUAAAUAUGGAGCACCUCCCCAUGCCGGUGGGGGUAUAGGUUUGGAAAGAGUCACCAUGUUAUAUCUGGGACUUGACAAUAUCAGGAAAACAUCCCUCUUCCCACGAGACCCCAAACGCUUGACUCCAUAAAGACACAAUAGAUUUAUAAUUAAUUCUUUUUUUGGCAAUACUGCAAUAUAGGCUCUGGUUCUGUUUGAAUACUGAAAUCUGUGGUUAGGAUAGUGGCAUAUUUGCUGGUACAGUUAUAAAAAAAAAAAUGUUACGACGGUCACAGUGAUAUGGUCCUUUUAUGAAUGUCAAGAAAUGUGUAUGUCAUUCUAUGUACAUGUGCAUGUUAACAUAUUAAAUUAAGGAUGAAACAUUUUAUAUACAUUUACUUACAUGUAUAUUAAUAAUGUUAAGAAUUUUAUGUAUUAUUAUAAUCAAGUUCUUUCAAAGGAUUUGGGAAAUAAAAUAGGAAUUUUA